CGAGGUGCUUCCGGCUCCAUUGAGCAACCCAGCAAGCUCAGACUUGUCCAUACACUUGAUCUAUUUUAACCAGCACUGACGCUGUCAAUUUCUUACUAAUACGUCGGCUGGUAUAUAAGGAGAAACCAGAGUGUGAGACACGGAAGUAGAGGUUAGAUCGGCAAGGGAACCAGGUAACCUAGCAACAUGCCGGGAAUAAAACGGAAGGCGUCACGUGCUUCGCCUUAUGAACCGGUCAAUAAACUGACCAAACAGCGAACCUCCACUGCGGUCAGCCCUGUCAGGGAGGUGUCAGUCGCCCGCCCACCGCUGCCUUUGCCAAAAUGGCCAAGUUUAAAAAGAAAAACGACGAAAGACAGCGCCACCCCCGAGGGACCAGGAGACGCGUCCCCUCCACCGGGAUUGAGAAGGGCCCCCACCCUAACCCUGGAGGAUAAAGAAUCCAAGUCGGCUUCACCUCUCGCUGGCAAGAAGAGUUUGUCCAAGAAAGGGUCUGUUGUAGUAGGCGAGGUCGUUACUGCCCCUUCUCUGCCUAAAACAGCGUCCAUCGUUGAAGGUGAUGAUAGAGUUACGACCUUGACUCUGCUGGCCUCUGGAUCAACUGUUGGUCGCACCACCAGUUUCUCUGAAGCACCUGCUGCAAUAAGCAAGGAACUCUCCAAGACAUCCACCACCACCAAGACGCCUCUCAUCUGUAAGAGCAUCAGCAGAGGAGGCAGCAUCGUCAUCGGCGGGGGAGACGUCCCAUCUCUCAGCAAGUCGUCGUCCAAGUCCAAGUCUGUGUCGUCGAAAUCAGGCUCCGAGACUGGUGUUGCUUUGGAGAAGGUGCUCAGUCUCAGCAAGUCUUUGUCCAAACCGUCUCUGACGAAGGAGAAGUCUGUCAGUCUCAUCAGUGCAGCAGCCGAAGAAGCUGCAGCUGCUGUUGACGAGAAUGGUGACGGUGCUGUCACAGUGGACAUCCCCCUUCCACCUGGGGGACUCAUGGAGAUCGUUUUCUCCUUCGAUACGACCGGCUCCAUGAUGAGUUGUCUGGAGCAGGUUCGGAGCCAAAUCCAGGAUAUGGUUCAGCGACUCCAGGCAGAUAUCCCUGGCAUACGCAUCGGCAUAUUCGCCCACGGCGACUACUGCGACGCCAGCAACUACGUUGUUCAGUGGAUCGACUUCGGCGCAUCAACCCCGGAGAUCUGCAAGUUCGUUAAAGACGUAAAGCCUACUGGAGGUGGUGACUUCCCAGAGGCGUACGAGGUGGUCCUGAGACGCUGCCAGAGCGUUCUGUCCUGGACCCCCGGGAGUCAGCGUUCCCUGGUGAUGAUAGGGGACGCCAUCCCCCACGAGGCCAAAGAUUCUCAGAAUGAGGAGAACAUUGACUGGAAGACAGAGUGCAGGGCUUUGAGAGACAUGGGCGUCCGCAUCUAUGGCGUACAGGCUGGGUCAAGCAAUGAAACAACUGAGUUCUUCAAACAAAUGACAAACAUCACUCAUGGCCGCCACUUGCAACUGGAUCAGUUCUCGAACAUCUUCGACAUGAUCAUGGCUAUCUGCUACAGAGAGAGGGGAGCGGACUUCCUGGAGGCAUACGAGGACGAAGUUCGGGGCCGCCACGGAGGAGGGGCCAUCAAUAAGGAUCUGGAGGGACUGUUCGGGACGCUGAGGGAUGAUGCUGUCCCUCCCAGCCUGACAUUGUCCUCUUCCUUAAAGAAAAUACCCACUAUGUCCUUGUUUGGAGCUACGAAGGGUGUUCCCAGUGUCUCAGCCUUGAAGAAAUUGAAAGCUGUGGUGGAGGCUAAAGGCGAAGCUAAGAAGGUCAAGGGUGCUGGGAAAACCAAAGGAGUAUCGAAAUCAAGAAAAGGGAAGAGGAAAACAAAGAAACCUAAGAAGUUUCUACGUGAAAACGUAGGCGACAAGAAAUUUGACGACGACGACUUCGCAGGUGGCAUUUUGAAGGACAUGGACUGGACGGGUUGGAAACGCGCAAUCUACCCUGUCGUAUACCCAAUGGACGCCCGCCAGUGCAGGUAUUGGCGCGCACCUAAACGCCUAUUCAAAGGAGGUUUCGGGCACAUGAAUACUGGCAUAUUCGACUACGAGCACGACGUCCAAGCCAUUUACGAACUUGGCGUACGACCUCCUAAUACCCGACGGAAGCGUAUCUACACCACGCUGUUCAAAGUUUCAAAGGGUUUAGCACUACAAAGGGAUGGGAUGAGUUUCUGUUGAAGAACAAACGAGUGUUUAAUGCAGUGAAUAGGGUAAUAAACCAACGCGGGCAGAUCUUUGUGAGGCGUGUCGAGUUCCCUCCCGGUAAAGAAAAUGCGUUCGCCGAUGCAGUCAAGCGUAUCAAGCAAGUAUUUAACUAUGCAUGGUACAGGCCCAAGAGAGCUGCUGAAAACUUCAGAACCAUUGAAAAAGGUAAUUUUGUCAUCAGUGGUGUCCGACAGAUUCCCGCCACUCGCAAGAAGAAGACGACACCCAAGAAAACUGCCACCUCUAAGGGUAAGAGCGCAUCUAAAAAGACAAAGGCAGCUGCUGUAAAAACAUCAAAAACGAAACCCAAAAUCGCUAAAGCAACCGCUAAAAAAGCAAAACCAACCAAGAAGACAAAAACAGCCGCUAAAAAGGCAAAACCAACCAAGAAGACAAAAACAGCCGCUAAGAAAGCAAAACCAACCAAGAAGACAAAAACAACCGCUAAAAAGGCAAAACCAACCAAGAAGACAAAAACAACCGCUAAAAAGGCAAAACCAACCAAGACAAAAGCACCUACUAAAAAAGUAAAACCAACCAAGAAGACAAAAACACCCAUCAAACAGGCAAAGGGCAAAGGGAAGAAAGCAGCCAAGUAGACAGUUGAUAAAACUUGAAUCGGGUUCAACUGCCAUUUGGUUUCAAUAUUGAUACUGGAACUAUCAUCUGAAAGAAUAUAGCACCAGAAACCUCUCCAUCAUUCUGGACGAUCACAGAAGAAUACAUCACCAAGGGGACGAGACGCGAUGGUGCUGAAUACAUUUUUACAUUUUCAGUUAAAUCACUUGUCUGGCGUGGAAUAGUGAUGAAACAGUGGAAGACAUCAUACAAUCACAACCAUAACUAUCGAUGACUUCCUCAUCUGUUCCUAGUUUGUAAUACUCCGCAUUUGUAAAUAGUAACAUGUUAUCGCUUUUUGAAUAAUGUCGUGCAUUCUGUUCACAUACGUUUUUAAAGUAGAUCUGACUGUAUAUAACAAGCCUGUGCAAUGUUUGUUUUUUAAUUUUAUUGGGAUCAUUUUGAAGUUGUUCGUUUUUAUAACCUGCUUGAGGGGUUGGUUUUCCAAACCCAUAGGCUCCGAUAGAACAGUAGAUGCAUGGAUUUCAAAACAACAAGAUCACCGAAACCUAUUGCUACUUGGAAAGAAAUGUAAUACGAACAAUAAGAUGAUCAGCUUAUAAAUUGAAUUUUAUUAAUUACACAAAUUAGUUUAGAUUCAGCGGGGAAAACCCCCCUCAACACUGUGAUGUGAUGUUUGAGUUCAAUGGAGAAACGAUAACUGACAUGCUCAGGUUAACGAAUGUUUCAUUGAAAGUGUAUCUGGUAUGUCCAGCUGAUUGGUUUAGUGAAAAGAACGAUUUCAUGUCCAGGCGAAUAAGUGCUUAAAUAAAAACAUAUCUGGCAAGUCCAGGUAAACAAAUGUUUCACUGAAAACGUAGCGGAUAUGUCUGACUGAAUGAUUGGUGUAGUGGUAAGAUUGAUUUCAUGUCCAGGUGGAUAAGUGCUUUAGUGAAAACAUAACUGGCAUGCCCAGGUCAACCAAUGUUUUAUUGAAACCGUAGCUUGUAUGUCUAGAUGAAAGAGUGAAUGUUGUUGAAUGUUUGUUAAAGGGCUGUAAAAUGUCAUUUACUAGAUUCAUGAUUGUCUGUCAUAUUAAUUAACUGAGUGCACAUUGUCAAGGCAGCAGUGUCUGGUACAGUUUGUUUAAUAUAUUUGUUUUGUUUUUCCAGACUAAAAUAUGUAAUCGAAAAGAAA